UGCCCCCUGUACAGUAUAUACCGAGCAGACCAAAGUUUGCACGCCCGCCCAGUGACACGCCGCCGUGCGCCAGUCUUUUUCGCAAAAUUCUCGCACAACUAGGAGAUGUCAACGUCGUUGAUCGUCGCGUAAGGAAGGUCGUGCUUCUGCUGUGACAUUUGCCGCGACAAUGGCAGGCGGGUGGACUUUUGGCGCAAGCAGGAGACGAUUGUCUAGCGUGCGGACUGAGCGGAUAGCAAGGCCUGUGUCGGUGCUGCUCGUCAUACUGCAUCUGGCGGUGGCAGCAACAAUUCCAGCGCAGGAGGGAGUUGUAGAUUUACUACGUCUGUCCGGGGUCUACAAAAAUGAUCAGCAGGGUCUCAGCCAGGUAACUGGCAUGUGUCCCUUCCGAAAGUCACGAACUCUCAAAGGAAAGACAGAAGCGGAUGUUGCUUACAGGAUAACACAAGAAGCACAGCUAAUAGUACCUUCUAUAGACGCAUUUCCAGGUGGUUUUCCCGAGGACUUCUCCCUAAUGUCCACGCUGCGACCCGAUCCGGGAACGAACGCCAUGCUGUUCACGAUGUACGACCAAUCCGGACAGGAGAUAUUCGGAAUGCGUGCCGGACCCGAACCGAAGAUGCUCUACCAUGAUUUAGAUGGGAAUCCUGGUUCAGCUAGAUCUCCGCAGUGGUCGACCAACAUCGCUAAUGGCGGGUGGCAUCGUGUAGCCAUGAGUGUGAAGGGCGACGCGGCGAUUUCGUUGUAUAGAGGUGAAGUUCAGCAGCUCUUAAUCUCGGACGAUCCAAGCGCCGCGUACGAGUACACGAAAACCUACAGUCCGGAUUGUGAGAGAGCAAUACAGCGAGGCUAUACGCUGAUGAGCCAGGAGGAGAUAUUAGGAUCAUGGGAGAUCGACGGCCAGACCGAGCAGCAGACAAAUUAUAGCGAAUAUGGCGGUGUAUAUGAGACAGGAGGUUCAUAUGGUGGAGGUGGUUCUAUUGAAUCAGGGGGUUCAUAUGAUGGAGGUGGUUCUAUCGAAUCAGGGGGUUCACAUGGUGGAGGUGGUUCUAUUGAAUCAGGGGGUUCAUAUGGUGGUGGUGGUUCUAUUGAAUCAGGGGGUUCACAUGGUGGAGGUGGUUCUAUUGAAUCAGGGGGUUCACAUGGUGGUGAAGGCUAUGGCAAAGAAGAUUCAUAUGAAGGAGAAGACUAUCAGGAGAAAGAAGACUUAUAUAAGGGUGAAGGCCCAUACGAUGGAGGAGGAUCAAAUGAAACUUACAACGGUAAUGCCACAUACGACGCCGGUCAAGGUAGCACGGCACACAAAGAAUUACCAUCGCGUGUGCAGGAGCCAAUUUACAUUGAGAUUCCAGGACCACCUGGACCACAAGGCUACGAAGGUGAUCGAGGGCAUCAAGGUCCUAAAGGAGAAAAGGGUGAUCAAGGACGCGAUGGGUAUUCCGGGUCUCAUGGUGUUCCUGGGCCACCGGGACAUUUAUUCCUUAUCCCACUUGCUGGAGGUGGUGGCGGGGAUGAGAAAGGGCCGGAUAACAACGCUGCAUCCCUUCGUCAGAUGCUCGGCCAACACAUGAUGUCCAUGCAAGGCCCGCCCGGAGCUCCCGGCCUUGCAGGAUUACCGGGACCUCAUGGAACAUCGGGCGCUGAGGGCAUAAAAGGAGAGGAGGGCGACGUUGGUCCGAUGGGACCACGUGGUUUUAGAGGUCCAAUGGGCCCACAGGGGCGGACAGGAAAGAGGGGAACGCCAGGACGAGAUGGAGAGCGUGGAACACCAGGACCUCCAGGACCCCAUGGUCCUAUGGGAUACCCCGGUCUACUGGGCAUCCCUGGAGAGAAAGGCGAAUGGGGAAGGAGAGGAAUUCAAGGUCUUCCCGGAUUGCCAGGACACGACGGCCCUCCUGGCGAAGAUGGCUCACCGGGGCAAGCAGGCAUUCCAGGAGAGCAGGGACAACCGGGACCUCCCGGUCCUCAAGGGGAAUACGGUCACGGCGGAGAGAAGGGCAAUAGCGGUAUUCCCGGCCCGCAAGGCAAUGAUGGCGCGCCAGGACCGCAAGGACCCGUGGGGCCAUCAGGCUCGCAAGGUGUCAGGGGCCCGCCUGGACCUGCCGGAGCGCAGGGUGCCCCCGGAGCACCGGGUCAGAUGGGACCAAACGGACCGCCGGGCCCUCCAGGACCGCAAGGAUCACUCGGGCCACCUGGUCUCCAAGGUCCCCAAGGAAAACCGGGUCUUCCAGGGCUUCCGGGCGUGGAUGGAAUCCCAGGAGUUCAAGGAAGUCAGGGUGCUGCUGGAAAGAAGGGCGAUACGGGUUUAACUGGACCCAGUGGGCCCAACGGGUACAGAGGACCCAUGGGUCGUAAGGGAGAUCAUGGCCCGCGCGGAUUUAUUGGUGAAAAGGGGGAGAAAGGAACUAUGGGUCUGACAGGGCUUAAAGGCGAUCACGGAGCUAAAGGAGGCAGUGGUCCCAUAGGGCCUCCUGGAGUGAGAGGUGAAGAGGGACCGGAGGGACCAAAAGGCAUUGACGGACCCAGAGGCGAGCAGGGCGUGGCAGGGCCUGUAGGGCCAAAGGGAAAGCUUGGUACUCCAGGACUACCCGGAUAUCCAGGUCCGCCGGGUGACAAGGGGCUUCAAGGGUUUCCAGGUAGACGAGGCAGACGAGGAUACAAGGGCAAGGAAGGUACGACAGGUGGUCCGGGAGAACGAGGCGAACCAGGCCCAUCGGGUCAACCCGGUCACCGUGGCAUACGUGGUCAACCGGGACCAGCCGGACAAAAAGGGUCAGAUGGACAGUUAGGCCCACCAGGUCUACAAGGAGAUCAGGGACCUCAAGGGAUGCUUGGUCAGCCUGGUUUACAAGGACCUCCCGGUUCUCAGGGGCCGGAUGGAAAGCUAGGACCCACGGGUCUGCCGGGCGAGCGGGGAAGCUCUGGAACCCCUGGGCAAGAUGGCCCACAGGGACCACCGGGACCCGUUGGCCCUCAAGGGCAAUCUGGUGAGACUGGUCCAAUAGGUGAGCGAGGGCAUCCUGGACCACCGGGAGCACCAGGAGAAACCGGAUCCCCGGGAGAGUCCGGGAAGGAAGGUCCUGCUGGCCCUGCUGGUCCGAGAGGGACAGACGGCCCACCAGGCCCGCCUGGAUUUCAGGGCUAUCAAGGAGAAAGGGGUUUCCCUGGACCGCAGGGUCAUCCUGGAUUUAAAGGAGAGGCGGGUCCCCCAGGGCCCCCAGGAGCCACCGGAGAAAAGGGAGGUCAAGGCUAUUCUGGGAAUCCCGGUCCAAAAGGCGUACCAGGAGCUCCUGGACUACUGGGCCCAGAGGGUCCUUUUGGACAGAAGGGUGACAUGGGUGAGGAAGGAUCACCAGGUGAAGGUGGUCGGGAUGGACGAACGGGGCCAAAGGGCUUCCCAGGACCACCUGGUCCUGUUGGUGAACCAGGACAGGAUGGAGAUAAGGGCGAUAUUGGACCUCACGGGAGUAAAGGAUUAAAGGGCAGCAUAGGCGAGCAUGGACCAUUAGGCCCACAAGGAAGGCAAGGUCGUAUGGGACCACCUGGUCCUCCUGGUCCACUGGGAGAACAGGGCCAUAGAGGUGAAAUGGGAAAACCGGGAAAUAAGGGUAGUGAUGGCCCACUUGGUCCAAAGGGAUAUGGAACGCCUGGAACUCCAGGAUUGCCAGGAUUAUCCGGUGAGAAAGGAAACCAGGGCAACCAUGGAACCAAAGGACCUCCUGGCCCACCAGGCCCUAUCGGUGGCCCAGGACAUGUAGGACCUAGGGGGGAGCCUGGAAUUCCUGGUCCACCGGGAUCAGAAGGACCACGCGGGUUCAAAGGAGAAACGGCAGCGACAGGCAAACCCGGGCCUCCAGGCAGAGAUGGCGAGCCGGGUUCUCGUGGGCUUGAAGGUUUAAAAGGCGACCCUGGAAAGAUGGGCUUGCAAGGUCCCCCGGGACCGCGAGGAAGACCAGGAGUUGAGGGAAUUAAAGGAGAGCCAGGAUUGACUGGAUUCCCAGGUCUUCCUGGACUGGAGGGUCCCACUGGAGAGAAGGGAAUGGUAGGAUCCUCAGGCGAGGAUGGCUUACCGGGAGCCCCUGGAAAACCGGGCAGCCUGGGUCCAGCCGGACCAGCCGGACCUCAUGGGCCUUCUGGAAAAACUGGACAACCGGGACCUCCCGGUCCUCAAGGGGAAUACGGUCACGGCGGAGAGAAGGGCAAUAGCGGUAUUCCAGGCCGCAAGGGGGAGGUUGGCUUGCCAGGACCAGAAGGAAAACCUGGUGCUGUUGGUCCAAUAGGUACUUCAGGACCGAGGGGAUCAAGGGGUAAACGGGGACAUAGAGGUAUCAAGGGUCACGCGGGAGAGAUAGGCAAGCUUGGAGAAAACGGAUUACCCGGAACGAAAGGGGAAAAAGGUACGAGUGGAAUUACUGGCCCUCCAGGACCCAAAGGCGAUCAAGGACCGCUAGGCCCGGUCGGUAUACCGGGCGCAGACGGACCACCCGGAUUGCCAGGUAUUGAAGGUCUUUCGGGACCGAAGGGCGCAGAAGGAGCACGUGGCCCUAAGGGCGAUCCAGGUCCCCUUGGCACAGCUGGACCUGCGGGGCCGCCGGGCGAAGGAAAUGUAUUCCCGGCCGAAUAUGCUGUAGAGUUCUUACAAAGAAGUCGAAGAAUACGUCGAUCUAUAAGCUACGAUGACGUCAUGCAAGCUGACAAUCCCUUUGAUGACGUCAUGCAAGGUGACGAUCCCUUUGAUGACGUCAUGCAAGGUGACGAUCCCUUUGAUGACGUCAUGCAAGGUGACGAUCCCUUUGAUGACGUCAUGCAAGGUGACGAUUCCUUUGAUGACGACACGCAAGGUGACGAACUCUCGGAUGAGGUCACGCAAGACGCAGUGGAUGGCGUCACGCAAAUUGAAGACUCAAAAGCGGCGCGGAGAGCGGCUCGGCAGGAAAAGCGGAGGGCCAGGGAACGGCGGAGGCACUUAAAUGCUCGCAAUGAUGACGUGUCCGAUGGGAAGCCAGAUAACAAAACUCUGGAGUUUUUCACCCAGUUGAAUAAAGUAGUCGACGAGAUGAUAGAAAUGAAACGGGAGAUCAGGAACAUGAAGGCGCCUCUAGGCACUCAAGGCAACCCACCCCGCACUUGCCGCGAUCUGUUUCUUGGUCACGAUGGCUACGAAAACGGCUGGUAUUGGAUAGAUCCAAAUCUUGGUCACAUCAGUGAUUCAAUACAGGUGUACUGCAAUAAGACCGCAUUGGAUGUAGAAACAUGCGUCUACCCAGAUUCUCACGCAUCCAAGAUGCCGAACAUCCCCUGGGAUAAAGAAGCAAGUAUCAAGUGGUUCAGUAGUUUACGAGGUGGAUUUCAGUUUACGUACGAGGGCGUCGGGGAAGUGCAGAUGACAUUCCUACGCCUGCUACACGCACACGCUCGUCAGAACUUCACCUACAGUUGCAUAAACUCAGUCGGCUGGUACAACCUGGAGAACUACAGUCACGGACUAGCCAUCAGCCUGCUUGGAGCAAACGAACAGCAGUUCAGUCCCGAUGCGAUCCUACCGACGGUCAUAUAUGAUGGAUGCCAGAGUCGACAUUCGUAUAGCAAAACCAUUCUGGAAGUGGUAACCAAUAAACUCAACCAGAUGCCGCUAGUCGAUUUCCUACCACAAGACUACGGGCUGCCUCAUCAAGCGUUCGGUUUCGAGGUGGGGUCAGUCUGCUUCACGUAGAGACAGACACCUGCUUACGCAUGCGCACUGCAUCGCCGUCGGACGAAUCGAAACUUCGAAGAUUCGCAAAUUGUUUUCUCCAGCAAAUAUAUUAAUAGCGGAGCUUAAAUCAAUGUAUCUACGCUAUUUAGAUAUAGCUCAUCCAAUAUAUAUAUAUAACAGUUUAUGAAGUAAAUUAAUUUAUACGAAAAGAAAUUGAAUAGGAGACAACAAUGCUAGUACAAUAUAUCGCGUUACGGCAUAUUAUUUACGAGUAUGCACUUGACACAGUGCCAGUCGCUAUCGUAAGCUCACAUCGUCCCUCGAAGCUAUAGUUAAUAUUAAUUAGUAUGAUACUCGUUUUCGGCGGUAGAUAUAGCAGGCUUAACAACAGGUAUAUGUAUGAACACUAACUAAAGACUCAGAUACAACGCAGGUGAAAAAUACACGUGUACGGUACAAUAACGCCAAUAGAUACCGGUCAUAGACGACCUCGUCUAUCAUUGAUUUGUUACGUUUAGCUAUCAUGAAGUAUAGUUCCGCCGUAGUGAACCGCUACGACUAUAUACAGAUCCGCUGCCAAUAUAUACAGAUAUCUGUAUUUAGUCUAGUUCGCCAUUAUAUCUAUAGUGCCAAGUAACAUCGCGUUAUUUCUAUCCUUCAGAGUCAGGCUGUGCUGCUGCUGUACACGAGUUCUGACUUGGCCGAUGAUUAUUAUUUCGCAUUAUAUGUAUGUGCUAGAUUGUGUCUUGUGUAUGUACUUUUGUACGAUAAAAAUGAAUACAAGAAAAAAGUGUCAA